AUGGAAGAACAAGUUUCUCGAGCAGGACGCGCUGGUAGCGUAUCUACCGUGAAGACUUAUGCCGGUCUUAUGGGCCGCCCUCUGGGCCUUCUACUAUCGACUAUUGCCACAACAGGUUUUCUUCUCUUCGGUUAUGAUCAAGGUGUCAUGUCUGGUAUCAUUUCCGCCGACCCUUUCAACAAUUACUUCCCAGAGACCAGGGAUAACUCGGUCUAUCAAGGAUUCGUCACGGCCAUCUAUGAGGUUGGAUGCUUACUCGGUGCUGUCUUUAUUCUGGCAUUCGGAGACAGGACUGGUCGCAGAAAGGCUAUGAUGCUCGGUGGAAUAAUCAUGAUCCUCGGGGUCAUCAUCCAAGUUACAGCCGUGAAGGGACAUAAUGCCACUGCCCAGCUCAUUAUUGGCCGGACCAUAACGGGCAUUGGCAAUGGCAUCAAUACCUCGACGAUUCCAACGUAUCAGGCCGAGUGUAGUCGGACGACCAACCGUGGUCUACUCAUCUGUAUUGAAGGCGGAAUCAUCGCCUUCGGAACCAUGAUCGCCUACUGGAUCGAUUACGGCGCUUCAUAUGGCCCAGACAACUUGACCUGGAGGUUCCCCAUCGCUUUCCAAGUGAUCUUUGGCGUAAUCCUCAUUGUCGGAGUCUGGUUCCUCCCAGAAUCCCCGAGAUGGCUCAUCACCAAGGAUCGCCAUGAGGACGCAAUCGACGUUAUUGCCGCGCUUAGCGGUCUCGAGACCACUGAUCAGGAAGUCACUCUUCAGCACUCCUUGAUCCUUGAUGGAAUCAAGGCCAGUGGCCAUGCGGGUGGCUCUGUCCCUUACUCUGCCCUGUUCACCGGCGGCAAAACUCAGCAUUUCCGCCGUAUUCUAUUAGGGGCCUCGUCACAGUUCUUCCAACAACUCGGUGGUUGCAAUGCUGUUAUCUACUACUUCCCCAUUCUGUUCCAAUCUGCCAUUGGUACCUCGCACAAUCUCGCUCUGCUGUUGGGAGGAGUAAACAUGAUCGUCUACUCCAUCUCAGCGACAGUCUCCUGGUUCAUUAUCGAGCGUGCCGGUCGCCGCAAGCUCUUCCUCUACGGGACUGUUGGACAAUGCCUGUCCAUGGUUCUCAUCUUCGCCUGCCUGAUUCCAGACGAUGGGAAAGGCCCAUCAGCGAAGGGAGCUGGUGUCGGAUUAUUCACCUACAUCAUGUUCUUCGGUGCCACUUGGCUGCCUCUCCCUUGGUUGUACCCCGCCGAGAUCAACCCCCUACGCACCAGAGCGAAAGCAAACGCCGUCUCCACCAUCACCAACUGGCUAUUCAACUUUCUGAUCGUUAUGGUCGUUCCCGUCAUGAUCGACCAGAUCAAAUGGGGCACGUAUCUCUUCUUCGCCGUCGUCAACGCCUGUUUCAUCCCUAUCAUCUACAUCUUCUACCCUGAGACUAAAAAGCGUUCGCUCGAGGAGAUUGAUUUGAUCUUCGCGAAGGGCUACAUGGAGAAUAUCUCUUACGUCAAGGCAUCUUUCGAUAUGCCUUUCUUGACCGACAGAGAGAUCGAGGCGAUGGCCAGGCAAUAUGGGUUCAUCGACCGUGACGAGGAGACCAAGGCUGGCGGCUCUGGUGCUGAUCUCGCCGAGUCGGAUGAAAAGGCUACUAUAAGGGAUCGCAGCAACAUUAGAAGCAACAGGAGCCUGCAGAUGCAUGACGAUACUGAGGGGGGUUUCCGUAACGAUUAA